UCAUAGAGCAGUCGCAGAGGUCGCUACCUGUGUGACUCUACUCGGUUAGUGUGAGCGCCUCGUUCAGUGCCUCCACGUUGUUGCUGUUAAUAUCUCACAGUAAUAUCUAACAGUUUUCAGAUGGCUGCUUACAAAUUAGUUCUGAUUCGCCACGGGGAGAGCUGCUGGAACCAAGAAAAUCGCUUCUGCGGCUGGUUCGACGCUGACCUUAGUGAAACCGGGCGUCAGGAGGCAAAUAGAGGCGGACAGGCUUUAAAAGAUGCUGGUUUUGAGUUUGACAUAUGCUACACCUCUGUUCUGAAGAGGGCCAUCCGUACAUUAUGGAUCGUUUUGGAUGGCAUCGAUCAGAUGUGGCUUCCAGUGCACAGGACCUGGCGGCUGAACGAACGCCACUACGGAGGUCUGACUGGGUUAAACAAAGCUGAGACUGCUGCCAAGCAUGGUGAGGCCCAAGUCAAGAUAUGGAGGCGCUCCUAUGAUAUCCCUCCUCCUCCCAUGGAGGCAGACCAUGACUAUUACAGUGUCAUUAGCAAGGACCGGCGUUAUGCUGAUCUGACUGAGGACCAGCUACCUUCUUGUGAGAGCCUGAAGGACACUAUUGCCCGUGCCCUACCAUUCUGGAAUGAAGAGAUUGUUCCUCAAAUCAAAAAGGGCAAGAGGGUGCUGAUUGCUGCCCAUGGCAACAGUCUGAGGGGUAUAGUGAAGCAUCUGGAAGGUAUGUCAGAGGAAGAAAUUAUGGAGCUAAACCUCCCUACAGGCAUCCCCAUACUCUACGAGUUGGACAAGAACUUAAAGCCCAUCAAGCCAAUGCAAUUCCUGGGAGAUGAGGAGACUGUACGGAAGGCCAUGGAGGCGGUGGCAGCACAGGGCAAGGCCAAGAAGUAGAGUCUUGUCUUAGGCCAACGUUUACUAGGGGAUUAUUUGUCAGCACUGAAUGGCUCUAAAAGGAGCUACCACUACUGACCUCUCAACAUCAGGAUUCAGUGUGGGUUUGCAUUUGAAAUUAUGUAUAUUAAUUUGCAUUGUGUGUGAACUGUUAUUUUAGUGUGUCUAAAUAAAACAUUUAGUAUUUAUUGACCAAUCCUCUAUACAGGGACCACUAAAGUUGUCUUUAAAAAAAUUGUUAUUGUUAUUCCCCCAAAGAAUGCCUUUCAUAAUGUUGCAGUGGACCACAAAGCAAACUAAAAUUGCACUGGGCUGUAAAGAGAGGAUGUAACAUGAAAAAGGCUCCUUAUACGGUUAUCAUCAUAGCAGAGAGGCUUUGAAACAGAAAGGAGUGUGGUCUGCUCAGUUUACAAAUGUAAAUGCAGUUCUAAGAAGUAAUGUCAUGCUUGUUCCUCAUGUGUUUACACAUCUCAUUUAUUUAGGCUGUGAGAACAUUAAAGGACGUGAAGACAAGGUACUUAGAUCCCCAGUAUAGUUAAUGACGGUUAUUCCAUGCUACAGCCGAAGUGCUCUGCCCAUCAUGUAUCAUUGUCAAACUGUCUGUAAACUGAGAGGAUGAAUAAAAUCUUUAAACCCAG